AUGGACACCUCGCUUCAUUGCAACGACUUGAAAUGCCGUGCGAUUGUUGAUGACCGAGCGGUGGUUACGACCUGCAGGUAGGUACUGCGCACUCGGUGUCAGCACAACGCUCACCACUCUCAGUCACAUCUUUUGUCUCCAUUGCGCCGACCGCCUCAAUCUCACAGCACCUCAAGACGGCCAGCGCAAGUGUCCAGCAUGUUCCACAUACCUCCUCAACCCGGACGAUGCUGUCAUUACGCUCCUGAAUCCCACCGAAGACUACAAGACCAGCAUCCUCAGCGGUCUUAGCCCUACCGUCAUCAUGGAAUGUGCCCAGCGAGGCUUGAGCUUUUGGGCGUAUCAGGUCGCUCAGGAGAUCACUUAUCAAGAGUAUCUUGCGAGAACAUUGACGGAGAGAUAUCACUCUCUCACGGCGCAUCUGGACAGUGUGGUGAGAGAGGCGAAUGAUGAGAACAACAAGUUGCGUGCGAGGCUGCAAGGUUAGUCAACCUAGAGGCCUAUGGUGUCGAGGUGAGCAUAACUGACGGUGCUGUAGCUAUGGACGAAGACAACGCUGCGUUGCAAGAGAAAGUCCAGUCCAUCGACGCGAAGUGCAAGGAGAGGAGCAAGUCUGCGCAACAGUUCGAAAACAUGUACAGAAAGCUCAAGCAAGUCCAGAUGGCUUCUGGGAUUGAGGUCGCUGUCGAGGAGGACGCGGAGAACAUCCUGCAAGGUACGCAAGCUGCAGAUGGCCAAGCCCGAGCCUCACAGCAUCAAGGAGGAGGCACUCGGACGCGUCGCAAUGGAAGUACCGGAAGCGGUGGUAGUGAAAACCGUCGCCCGCGGAUGAAUUUGGGCCCGCGUGCUGGCUAUCGAGAUCGAGGAUACCCUCCGCCUGGAAGUCGUGCUGGACUAAGCAUUGCUCGUAAGCUUAAGGACGAAUGAACGGUCGAAGCAUGUACUGACCAUCGGACAGAAAGUGCGCCGACCAUCAGUCCAUCGCAACAACCCAGACAACGCCUUCCCCAGCAAUACACCAAGCCUACGUUUGGACACUACAAUCAGAGCUUUGCGAAUGGUCAAAGCAUCGGCGCUGAUCCUCCUGGAUAUCGUACUGAAAGCCGCGCGGGAAGUCACGACCGUAGCCCGCAGGCUGGGGUAGGCAUGAGUGCCAACAUCCGGACGAGUCGGCAGCCAGUUGGCACCGGAUACGCUAUUCCUCCAAGUCGGAACCCUACUUUUGGGGCCAGCAGAACAGCAGGGUAUGCCGGGAGCAUUCCAAUCCGCUAA